AUUGAGGGCAUCAAGAACACUUCAGAUCUCUUGUGCUCCCUUGCCACUGAGGAGGUUGUCAUCAGCUGCUGUGGGAGAGACUUGGAACCCUGAACUUAGAUCAUUGUAGUUCGUUUUGGAGGUGGAUAGCUACUCAGAUUGCAACGAUUACAAGAGCGCUAAGAGCCCACUUCGGAGUUACUAUGGAGGAGUCCUCCCCUACCACGAAGCCCCUGGAGCUGAACCUGCCCACUCAUUUCAUCCUUGGCUCUGUGUCUGAGGAUAACUCAGAGGAUGAGACGAGCUCCUUGGUGAAACUUGAUCUGCUUGAGGAGAAAGAGAGGUCUCUGUCUCCUGUGUCUGUUUGUUCAGAUUCCCUUUCAGACUCAGGACUGUCUAAUGUUCAAGAUGGCCUGGCUAGUCAUAUAAGGCCCAGUAUGUCUGGCUUGCACCUUGUAAAGCAAGGCCGGGACAGGAAGAAAGUUGAUCUACAGCGGGAUUUCACUGUGGCCUCCCCUGCAGAAUUCGUUACUCGUUUUGGGGGGAAUAAAGUUAUCGAGAAGGUCCUUAUUGCCAAUAAUGGGAUUGCGGCGGUGAAAUGUAUGAGAUCCAUCCGACGCUGGUCCUAUGAGAUGUUUCGAAAUGAGCGUGCAAUCAGGUUUGUCGUCAUGGUGACUCCUGAAGAUCUGAAAGCGAAUGCAGAGUACAUUAAAAUGGCAGAUCACUAUGUCCCAGUGCCAGGAGGAACAAACAACAAUAACUAUGCAAAUGUGGAACUCAUUCUUGAUAUUGCUAAACGGAUUCCAGUGCAGGCAGUGUGGGCUGGCUGGGGGCAUGCCUCUGAGAACCCCAAACUACCAGAACUCCUCCACAAAAAUGGAAUUGCCUUCAUGGGGCCUCCAAGCCAGGCUAUGUGGGCUUUAGGAGAUAAAAUUGCAUCCUCCAUAGUGGCCCAAACUGCAGGCAUCCCAACUCUCCCAUGGAGCGGCAGUGGCCUCCGAGUGGACUGGCAGGAGAAUGACCCUCAGAAGCGCAUCUUAAAUGUGCCCCAGGAGCUGUAUGAAAAAGGCUACGUCAAAGAUGUGGAUGAUGGGCUGCUGGCAGCUGAAAAAGUUGGCUACCCAGUCAUGAUCAAGGCCUCUGAAGGAGGAGGAGGAAAAGGAAUCAGGAAAGUUAACAAUGCAGAUGACUUCCCCAACCUCUUUAGACAGGUUCAAGCUGAAGUGCCAGGCUCACCGAUCUUUGUGAUGAGACUAGCCAAGCAGUCUCGCCACCUGGAGGUGCAGAUCCUUGCGGAUCAGUACGGCAAUGCCAUCUCCCUUUUUGGCCGUGACUGCUCAGUGCAGCGCAGGCACCAGAAGAUCAUCGAAGAGGCUCCUGCAACUAUUGCUACCUCAGUGGUGUUUGAGCAUAUGGAACAGUGUGCAGUGAAGCUCGCCAAGAUGGUGGGGUAUGUGAGUGCCGGUACAGUGGAAUACCUCUACAGCCAGGAUGGCAGCUUCUACUUCCUGGAGCUGAAUCCCCGGCUGCAGGUGGAGCACCCCUGCACAGAGAUGGUGGCUGACGUCAACCUGCCUGCAGCACAGUUACAGAUUGCCAUGGGGAUUCCCCUCCAUAGGAUCAAAGAUAUCCGAGUAAUGUAUGGUGUGUCUCCUUGGGGAGAUGUACCCAUUGACUUUGAGAACUCAGCCCACGUCCCCAGUCCACGGGGCCAUGUGAUUGCUGCUCGUAUCACCAGUGAAAAUCCAGAUGAGGGUUUUAAGCCCAGCUCUGGAACAGUCCAGGAACUGAAUUUCCGCAGCAAUAAGAACGUCUGGGGCUAUUUCAGUGUCGCUGCUGCAGGGGGGCUUCACGAAUAUGCUGACUCUCAGUUUGGUCACUGCUUCUCUUGGGGAGAGAACCGUGAGGAGGCCAUUUCAAACAUGGUGGUGGCUUUGAAGGAACUGUCUAUCCGAGGGGAUUUCCGAACCACUGUUGAGUACUUGAUUAAACUGCUGGAGACAGAAAGCUUCCAGCACAACAGCAUUGACACUGGCUGGUUGGACAGGCUCAUUGCUGAGAAAGUGCAGGCAGAGAGGCCUGACACUAUGCUAGGGGUAGUGUGUGGGGCUCUGCAUGUGGCUGACGUGAGCUUCCGGAACAGCGUCUCCAACUUCCUGCACUCUCUGGAAAGAGGUCAGGUCCUGCCUGCUCAUACACUGCUGAACACAGUGGAUGUUGAACUCAUCUAUGAUGGAAAGAAGUACGUGCUAAAGGUGACCCGGCAGUCUCCCAAUUCCUAUGUGGUCGUCAUGAACAAGUCUUACGUGGAGGUUGAGGUACACCGAUUGAGUGAUGGAGGGCUGCUCUUAUCCUAUGAUGGCAGCAGCUACACAACCUACAUGAAAGAAGAAGUGGACAGGUACCGCAUCACCAUAGGUAACAAGACCUGCGUGUUUGAGAAGGAAAACGAUCCGUCUCUCCUUCGCUCACCCUCGGCUGGGAAGCUCAUCCAGUAUGUGGUGGAGGAUGGGGGACAUGUGUUCUCAGGCCAGUGCUUUGCUGAAAUUGAGGUGAUGAAGAUGGUGAUGACGCUGACGGCAGCAGAAUCAGGCUGCAUCCACUAUGUCAAACGCCCUGGGGCAGUGCUGGACCCUGGCUGUGUAAUUGCUAAACUGCAGCUGGAUGACCCCAGCAGGGUUCAGCAGGCCGAUCUGCAUACAGGCACCUUACCACAGAUCCACAGCACAGCUCUCCGAGGCGAGAAGCUCCAUCGCGUCUUUCAUUGUGUCCUUGAUAACCUGGUCAAUGUGAUGAAUGGUUACUGCCUGCCAGAGCCCUACUUCAGCAGCAAGGUGAAGGACUGGGUUGAGCGGCUAAUGAAGACCCUGAGAGACCCAUCUUUGCCUCUCCUGGAGCUUCAGGACAUCAUGACCAGUGUCUCUGGGCGGAUCCCACCCAAUGUGGAGAAGUCCAUCAAGAAGGAGAUGGCUCAGUAUGCUAGCAACAUCACAUCGGUCCUUUGCCAGUUUCCCAGCCAGCAGAUCGCCAACAUCUUGGACAGCCAUGCAGCCACGCUGAACCGCAAGUCUGAGCGCGAGGUCUUCUUCAUGAACACCCAGAGCAUCGUGCAGCUGGUGCAACGGUAUCGGAGUGGUAUUCGAGGCCACAUGAAGGCUGUGGUGAUGGAUCUGCUCCGUCAGUACCUAAAGGUGGAGACUCAGUUCCAGCAUGGUCACUAUGACAAGUGUGUCUUUGCCCUUCGGGAAGAGAACAAAAGUGACAUGAAUGCUGUGUUGAACUACAUCUUCUCUCAUGCUCAAGUUACUAAGAAGAACCUCCUCGUAACGAUGCUCAUUGAUCAGCUGUGUGGCCGAGACCCCACCUUGACAGAUGAAUUAAUUAAUAUUCUAACUGAGCUGACCCAGCUCAGCAAGACUACCAAUGCAAAAGUGGCCCUGCGAGCACGUCAGGUUCUCAUUGCUUCCCAUUUGCCGUCGUACGAGCUGCGUCACAACCAGGUGGAGUCCAUCUUCCUGUCAGCCAUUGACAUGUACGGACACCAAUUCUGCAUUGAGAACUUACAGAAACUCAUUCUGUCCGAAACAUCCAUCUUUGAUGUGCUACCAAAUUUUUUCUACCAUAGUAACCAGGUGGUGCGAAUGGCAGCUCUGGAGGUGUACGUUCGAAGGGCAUACAUUGCCUAUGAGUUGAACAGUGUCCAGCAUCGCCAGCUGAAGGACAACACUUGUGUUGUGGAAUUCCAGUUCAUGCUACCCACCUCGCAUCCAAACAGAGGGAACAUCCCCACGCUAAACAGAAUGUCCUUUUCCUCCAACCUCAAUCAUUACGGGAUGGUCCAUGUAGCAAGUGUGAGUGAUGUGCUGCUGGACAGCUCGUUCACUCCACCAUGCCAACGGAUGGGCGGAAUGGUUUCCUUCCGGACUUUUGAAGAGUUCGUCAGAAUCUUUGAUGAAGUGAUGGGUUGCUUCUGUGACUCUCCUCCCCAAAGCCCAACCUUUCCUGAAGCUGGUCACACUUCCUUGUAUGAUGAAGAUAAGAGUGCCCGGGAGGAGCCCAUUCACAUACUGAACAUUGCCAUUAAGACCGACUGUGACAUUGAUGAUGAUGGGCUGGCGGCCAUGUUCAGGGAGUUCACACAAAGCAAGAAAUCAGUCCUGAUUGAUCAUGGGAUUCGAAGGCUGACGUUCCUUGUAGCACAAAAGGAUUUCAGGAAACAGGUCAACUAUGAGGUGGAUCAAAGAUUUCAUAGGGAAUUCCCUAAAUUUUUCACGUUCCGUGCCAGGGAUAAGUUUGAAGAAGAUAGGAUCUACCGUCAUCUGGAGCCAGCUCUGGCUUUCCAGUUAGAGCUGAACCGAAUGCGAAACUUUGAUCUCACUGCCAUUCCGUGUGCCAACCACAAAAUGCACCUGUACCUGGGAGCAGCUAAAGUUGAAGUGGGCACCGAGGUGACAGACUACAGGUUCUUCGUGAGGGCUAUUAUAAGGCAUUCAGACCUAGUUACCAAGGAGGCCUCCUUUGAGUAUCUGCAGAAUGAAGGGGAGCGCUUGCUUUUGGAAGCCAUGGAUGAGCUGGAGGUGGCCUUUAAUAACACCAAUGUGCGCACUGACUGCAACCACAUCUUCUUAAACUUUGUGCCUACAGUCAUCAUGGAUCCAUCUAAGAUUGAAGAGUCUGUGCGGAGCAUGGUGAUGCGCUAUGGAAGCCGCCUUUGGAAACUCCGUGUCCUCCAAGCAGAGCUGAAAAUUAAUAUUCGCUUGACGCCAACUGGAAAGGCAAUUCCCAUCCGUCUCUUCCUGACCAAUGAAUCUGGCUAUUACUUGGACAUCAGCUUGUACAAGGAGGUGACGGACUCCAGGACAGCACAGAUUAUGUUCCAGGCAUACGGAGACAAACAGGGCCCUCUUCAUGGCAUGCUGAUCAACACCCCAUAUGUGACAAAAGAUCUGCUCCAGUCCAAGAGAUUCCAGGCACAAUCUUUAGGGACGACGUAUAUCUAUGACAUCCCUGAGAUGUUCCGGCAGUCUCUGAUUAAACUCUGGGAUUCUAUGAGUGAAUAUGCAUUGCUCCCAACACUGCCAUUGCCUUCUGAUAUGCUAACGUAUACUGAACUGGUACUGGACGAUCAAGGUCAGUUGGUGCAUAUGAACAGGCUGCCAGGAGGAAAUGAGAUUGGCAUGGUGGCUUGGAAAAUUACCCUCAAGAGCCCCGAGUGCCCAGAUGGCCGUGAUAUCAUAGUCAUUGGCAAUGACAUUACGUACCGAAUAGGGUCCUUUGGGCCCCAAGAGGACCUGCUGUUCCUUAGGGCUUCUGAACUUGCUCGGACAGAGGGUAUCCCACGAAUUUAUGUGGCUGCCAACAGUGGAGCGAGGAUUGGUUUGGCUGAGGAGAUUCGUCACAUGUUUCAUGUUGCCUGGGAAGAUCCCGAUGACCCUUAUAAAGGUUAUAAAUACUUGUACCUAACUCCUCAAGAUUAUAAGAAAGUCAGUGCCCUGAACUCAGUUCACUGUGAGCAUGUGGAGGACGAAGGAGAAUCCAGGUAUAAGAUAACCGAUAUUAUUGGGAAGGAAGAAGGACUUGGAGUGGAGAACCUCCGAGGCUCUGGGAUGAUUGCAGGAGAAUCAUCAUUAGCCUAUGAGGAUAUUAUCACCAUCAACCUGGUAACAUGUCGGGCAAUUGGAAUUGGGGCCUAUCUUGUCCGGCUAGGACAGAGGACUAUCCAAGUAGAGAACUCCCAUAUAAUCCUGACUGGAGCUGGAGCCCUCAACAAAGUGCUCGGACGGGAGGUGUACACCUCAAACAACCAGCUGGGCGGGGUCCAGAUCAUGCACAACAAUGGCGUGACGCACAGCACUGUGAGUGAUGAUUUUGAAGGCAUCUACACCAUUCUGCAGUGGCUGUCCUAUAUGCCCAAGAGUGUAUCCAGCCCAGUGCCUACCCUCACCAUCAAGGAUCCUAUAGACAGGGUCAUUGAGUUUGUUCCCACCAAGACUCCCUAUGAUCCCCGCUGGAUGUUGGCUGGACGUCCUAGUCCCACUCAAAAAAGCCAGUGGUUAAGUGGCUUCUUUGACAAGGGAUCAUUCCUAGAGAUCAUGCAGCCCUGGGCACAAACAGUUGUGGUUGGCAGAGCUAGACUGGGAGGAAUACCUGUAGGAGUAGUUGCCGUAGAAACCCGAACAGUGGAGUUAAGUAUCCCUGCUGAUCCUGCAAACCUGGACUCUGAGGCCAAGAUAAUCCAACAGGCUGGUCAGGUGUGGUUCCCGGACUCUGCCUUUAAGACUGCUCAGGCUAUCAAAGACUUCAACCGGGAGGGACUCCCUCUGAUGGUCUUUGCCAACUGGAGAGGCUUUUCUGGUGGAAUGAAAGACAUGUAUGACCAGGUGCUGAAGUUUGGUGCCUACAUUGUGGAUGGCCUAAGAGAAUAUAGACAGCCAGUGCUUGUGUACAUCCCGCCCCAAGCCGAGCUGAGAGGAGGAUCCUGGGUCGUGAUUGAUCCCACCAUUAAUCCCCGACACAUGGAGAUGUACGCAGACCGAGACAGCAGAGGAGGCGUUCUGGAGCCAGAAGGGACAGUAGAAAUCAAAUUCCGCAGGAAAGAUUUGGUGAAAACAAUGAGACGGGUGGACCCAGUCUACAGUCGUCUGGCAGAGCGACUAGGCACCCCAGAGCUAAGCCCAGCUGAGCGGAAGGAGCUGGAGACCAAGCUGAAGGAACGGGAGGAAUUCCUAAUUCCCAUUUACCAUCAGGUAGCGGUGCAGUUUGCUGACUUGCAUGACACGCCAGGCCGGAUGCAGGAGAAAGGUGUCAUUACUGAUGUUCUAGAGUGGAGAACCUCCCGUACUUUCUUCUACUGGAGACUAAGGCGCCUUCUGCUAGAAGACUUGGUCAAGAAGAAGAUCCAUGAUGCCAAUCCUGAGCUGACAGAUGGACAGAUCCAGGCCAUGCUGAGGCGCUGGUUCGUGGAAGUCGAGGGGACAGUAAAGGCAUAUUUGUGGGAUAACAAUAAGGAUCUAGUGGAGUGGCUGGAGAAACAGCUAACAGAAGAAGACGGCAUUCGCUCAGUGGUGGAUGAAAACAUCAAAUACAUCUCCAGAGACUACAUCCUCAAACAAAUACGCAGCUUGGUGCAGGCCAAUCCUGAGGUUGCCAUGGAUUCCAUCGUCCACAUGACCCAGCACAUAUCCCCUACCCAGCGAGCUGAGAUAGUGCGUAUUCUUUCCACAAUGGACUCGCCUCCUUCAACAUAAGAGGAUCCGGUUCCCGCCCUCUUCCCUUUCCGGUGACAAAAGGCUCAGUUGUGACCACUGUACUGAGAAGCGGCAGCAAAAGGAAGGAUGGUAUUUUUCAUUUUUAAAAUCAGACUGACCAGAGCGAGCGCACACUCUGGCCCCAAAGACAUAAGGAAAACAAACUGCUGAGGAAUUAACUUAUGGCUGGCUGACUGUACCUUAUUUAUUUAACGACGAGUGACUGGACCAAUGCAUCAGCUAGCUGUCUGGCUGCCCUCUGCAAGCAGUAGGAAAAGACAAUGAAGGGUACCGUGGUACCAUGAGGUCUUAGAGCAGCAAAGUAGGGGCUCUUACACUGUGCCCCUCUCCCCCUGCAUCGUUCUGGUCCUUCCCCUCCCCCAGUCUGGUGAUGGUGGUCUUGGUUCAGUAGCCAGAUGUGCCAGUGGCAUCAGCAAGUAAGAGGCACUUGCUGCACCAGUGGAGUGCUGGCUGGGCAGGGGUUUGUUAAACGCACACGGGAAGAUACAACAACGAAAUGGGAAAAUGGUGUUUGUGGUUCUGUUACGCAGGGGAGGAGCUAAUCCUGCCCUCUCCUCUCCGAUGGUCGCAAGUUUCACUACACGUCAGUCUUGGUUGUUUACUUAGUACCUGUUGUUUCAGUAUUUUCAUUCCAGGGGCUAGAGCGCAGGCUUUCGUGGUCUCAGAUAGGGCAGAGAUGAAGUGGUAGCCUGUAAAUACUUAGGUUACAAUUAUUACUGUUAUUUGCCAUACCUCUAGGAUCCAGUUUAUGACAGUGUUAGCUUUUUCUAUCACAUGGGUUAAUUCCAAUCCCACCCAACUCUGGUCCCCGCUCUCAUGUGGCUGCAGAAGGAAAUUGAUAUUCUAGCUGCACAUUCCCAGGCUGUAGUUAAGGUUGAGUUGGCAAUUCCGUUACUUAUUCAUUCACUAGGUGUAGGAAGCAAACUCUCAUUCCAUAAAGAUGGGGGGAAGUGGCACUAGUUAACGUCACAGGAACACUGACAUUCAAACCAGCUCGCUGGCUCUUCAUUUUUUGUACUUUUGUUACUGAAAGUGAUGUUUUUAAAACAAAAAAUUCAGCUGCUCAGUCUCUCGUGUGGACAGAGGCAUUUCAGCGCUCGUUAGAAAAAUGUAAAUGGGAGUCUGGGUAAUUUUGUAAAUGACUUUUUUUUUAAUUUUUGCAUGUUUGUAACACCCCCCCCCUUAAAUGUGUGGCAGUCCUCCAUCCAUGUACUGAGGAGCUAAUUACUGUCUCCCAUGGACUUGAUUGCUAUUACUGUAACAGCAUGGUCUAUUCAAUCAAUACUACACAACCAACAGUCACCUUGUUGGCAGGUACAGAAUACACUUCAACAAAUUAUGUCAAUGUUAUUUUCUUUCUUGUCCACGCCACCAAAUAGCUAAUACUUAUAUUUUAUUGUUCAUUUGACAGACUGACAUAGCUAAGUGAGGCUGCACUUUAUCCAAAACUUUCUUGGGAAGUUUUUUUUUUUUUUUUAAAGGGGGAUUUAAGUUUUACACACAACUAAGUUAAGAUUACAGCACUGACCCCAGAUCAGAAUCAAUCAUUCAAGGAAAAUGUAAACCUGAAAUUCCCAGAAACAUUCUGUUGAACAAUACGUAUGCAGAACUAAUUUAGCAGACACAGAGGAGGCCUGGUAAGAAUUUCAUCAUUGGGAGUUCUGCACAAGGAUUUUAAAUUGCUUUGGCAGCUAGGUUGAUUGUUUUCCCCCAAAAAACAAGGCUGUAUUUUUUACUGAGGGUUCCUGGUGGUGAUAUAAACCACAGCACAAUACCAAGAUGACAGCACAUCAUCUAGUCUUAAUUAUUGUCAUAGGUAUGGAUGUGAAAAGUUGUAUGAAAGCAGUCAUGUCACUGAGGGCUUGUCUACACUUACCGAAGGAUCGCUGCAUCGGCGAUCAAUUUAGAGGGUCUUCAUUAAACCCGCUAAAUCAACCGCCAAUCAUUCUCCCGUCAACUCCUGUACUCCACCUGAUCGAGAAGAGUAAGCGGAGUCAAUGUUGUGUAGUGUGGACCCCACGGUAAGUAGAUCUAAGCUACGGCGAUUUGAGUUAUGCUAUUCACCUAGACAAGGCCUAAUUGUCUUUACAAAUAAUUGUCUGAUCUUCUACAACUUUUCUUUUCAUAAUUGAAAAUCCAAAGUAACAUGUUUCUCCAGAAACAUAUUAAAAUUAAUCAAAUUUAAUACAGUAUAAUUGAUCUAUUUAAAUUUAGAGUGGCUGUUUGUCCCAUAGCUACUGUAAAACAAUAUUAUAGUGAUGCUUCUACUGUAUUAUCACUUCCCAGCACUGUCAGAAACUGGUGUAAACCAUAAAAUCAACACAACUUUGAGGCAGCAGUUGUGCAAAUGAUGUGUUGACCAGAUCCUCCCUCUUAACCAUCCCAAAGACCUGUACCCUUUGUCAGGGCCAGUGAACAUUCAACUGCAGCCAGAUGUGUGAUUUGUAGUACAUGUAAGCUUGUAAAAAUAGCUUAAAUCCCUGCUGCCACAUCCUCGCUGCUGCUUUUAGCAAGACAGGCAGCUUGUGUAGACACACCUGUGCUAUGACCCCCCCCAGCUGCAGUAAAGACAGAGCCGUCCACUGCAAGCACAAAUUCUCUCAACUACACCUGUACUAGUAAGAAUUUAUUUGAAUGACCAACUGUUGGCCCUUUCCAUUUUCUGUUGUAGCAAGAUUUGUUGGUGAAGCUCUCAAAAAUAAACCUUUCACCAAGAGUUACUUAAUUGGUAGGCCCUGAAAUUACAUCUGCUUGUGUUACUGGCACUCUGAUGUACUUAGCAACCGUAUAAAAAAAACUGUACAUACCGUAAUCAUUUGAAUACACCCAUUCUCAUGCAUUAAAAACAGUUCUCUGGUAGAGGAUUCUGGAGCCUUUACGGGGUCUCACUGCUGAUGCGUGUGAAUCAUUGCUCCACCAGUGUUGAGAUACUAAAAUAAAAGAUUAGGGAGAAGCACUUUUCCAUCCCACCCACUCAUAGACAAGCUAGUGCAGCUUUGAGGAGCCUUGAAGAUGCUUGUAAGCAUUACAAGGCUAUAGUUCUUCAGUGCUGUUCUUUAUACAGGUUAGCGUAUGAGGUAAGAGCUGGUACAGGUAGCACAGGCUAGGCUAGAAGCUGGUUAUUUCUUCCAGCCUGACUCUGCAAGGUUAGUGCCUUCCUCCCAACUCUCCUCGCCUAGGAGAUUCUGACAAGCAGACGGACACAAAUUAUUGCAAGGGGUAAGGGGCUGGUUUUGGCUUAAUUGUCCUUUGAAUGAAAUGAACAAUUCAUAAAAACAACCACCUUGGUUUAAUAGUAAAUGGCUCCAACCUGCAAACAACCCUACAAUUAAUGUCUUAAUUAAACCUGAAAGCAUCACAUAAAAGCCACUAGGCACAGACCUUGCCCAACGUCAAGCUCCACUUUUCAUGUUGAGUGUGACAGCCAGAGGCUAAGACCAUGCAGUAACUUUACCAGCAAACGAAGUAUACGGUUACGUCCUGUUGUUGUACUAUGCAGUUGGGAAAGGAGGCACCCUGAGUAAAAACCAAACCCUGGCCAUGUUACUGCUGGACAUCUAUGGUACUUGCUGAUGUAUUUCACUUACCUCAAGUUUCUUUUAAUAAAAAGAAUCUGUUUAAGACUA